AUGUGGAAGCCACAGAAAGACAAAACUUUUAGACUGAAGUAUACAAGUCAGUAUGGUUAUAAUGUCGACCAUUUUAAUUUUCUCAAUGAUUACAAGGAAGAUUGGAAUGAUUAUGUUGCAUAUGUUAAUGAGAGUUUAGUGGAGAAAUACUCUUCAAGGUCAAGGAAAUUUGAUUCGAUUCCCCUAAACAAGCUAAACCUAGACGAUACCAAAUAUGAUAGUACUGAUGAAGAUUAUGUCAGAGAAAACUUUAAAUACACAAAUCCUAUAGCUUUAAAAUCUAAUAGUUCCACGACUAAAGUGGAUUUGGUUCCGGAAACCCCAGUUCAUUUGCAAGAACACACUAAACGAAAUGCCUUUGCAAUAGCAGUUGGUGGGCAGAUCACUUGCAUACAAUGGUUGCCACAAAAUGGAAAUAGUACCAGCAGUUAUUUUGCGGUAUCAUUAGUUAAUAGUGUCAAUGGGAUCAAAGCCAAUGACCCUAAUUUCAGCAUUUUCAAUAAAUCAAAAAUUCGCGAUAUGAAAUCCGCAAUUCAAAUUUGGAAGUAUGACUUUGAUAAAAACGAAUUGAAAUUACAGAACAUGUUGAUUACAAGUGAAUUUGGCGCCUGUUCAAAUCUCAAAUGGGCCCCAAUACAAAGUAACGGGACUAUUUUAGGCGUUUUGACAGGGUUGUUUACCGAUGGAAAUGUUUACCUAUUUAAAAUUGAAGAGUCACUACCGCCGUAUUCAAUCAUUACUGAACCAUCUCUUGCAUACAAACUACACGAAGGUUCUACGAAAAUCAACAUCACAUCAUUUGAUUUUAUUGGUAGCGAAAAAUUGGUUGUUGGGUCUAACGAUGGUUCUAUUGCCGAAUUUAUGCUUCCAUUCCGCUACAAUGGCAAUGAUAUAGAUAUACCUAAUUUCAAAAUGGGAAUAUGCUGGAGUGCAAUCCUGUCAUUAAUGUGCAUACAGAACCCCACAGGCAAGUAUUUAUGUAUUGCGCACACAGGCGCUCAUCGAAGCAUAACAUUUGUCUAUGACAAUCCAUUACAGGACAUGUAUCCAACAACGGUGAAACUCAACACUCAGCCUAGUUUCAAUUAUCCAUUGCAGAAUUUUGUAAUCACAAACCAAGCAGAACAGUCUCAGAUCGCGUUCCCGAGGACAAGCCAUUGUACAUUUAUCAGCUUAGCCCGUUCAGAUGCUUAUUACACGAUAUGCAAAGUGUCUGAAAUUCUCGGCCAUCCAUUUCUUAUCACUGGUGCUACCAAUGGAGACAUAUGUAUUAUGAACUAUUUCAAAAAGUUUUUGGGGAUCAAUUCAAGCUUAAGUAAAGUUACACCAUUGAGGAUAUGGAAAGUCUUGGCGGAACCAGAUGAACCUAUAACAUUGUUGGCCGAUGUUCAAAUACAAGAUCAGGAUGCAGUUGUCUUACCGACUUCGAUGAAAACCGAGCUGAAUAUAACUGCAGCUGCUUGGAACGAAAAUAGAGUGGGGAGUUCAACAUAUGCUGUUGGUACCGCUCUUGGAAUUCUUCUACUAGAAAGGUUGGAUCCAAAAUAUCUAUAG